AUGGCAGAGGAACGGAGGCCCAAGCAGUGCAGUAUGGUUCUGCCCACGGAGUCCAUUAAAGCCAUGUCAGAGUCUAUGGGGGUGGGGCAGCUGCAGGAGGAGAGCUGUGUGGCCUUGAGUGAAGAGGUUAGCUAUCGCAUCAAAGAGAUCGCCCAGGAUGCACUGAAGUUCAUGCAUCAUGGGAAGAGGCGGAAGUUGACAACAAACGACAUCGACCAUGCCCUAAAACUGAAGAACGUGGAGCCGUUGUAUGGAUUCCAGUCUCAGGAGUUUAUCCCAUUCCGCUUUGCUAGUGGAGGGGGCAGAGAGCUGCACUUCUAUGAGGAAAAGGAAGUGGAUCUGAGUGACAUCAUAAACACACCCCUCCCCCGAGUCCCACUUGAUGUCUCACUCAAGGCUCAUUGGUUAAGUAUUGAAGGUGUCCAGCCUUCCAUACCAGAGAAUCCUCCCCCAGCUCCAAAAGAGCAACAGAAAUUAGAGUCCACAGAGCCCCUUAAAGCUGUCAAACCAGGACAGGAGGAGGAGAGGUGUAUCCAGGGCAAAGGUCAAGGGGGAGCUGUGGCAGAAAACAAAGGGAAGGAGAAGUGUGUGAUGCGGAUGAAGCCACGCAGCACUCACGAGCUGUCCGUGGAGCAGCAGCUCUACUACAAGGAGAUCACAGAGGCGUGCGUCGGGUCCUGUGAGGCCAAGCGAGCGGAGGCUCUACAGAGUAUAGCCACAGAUCCUGGGCUGUAUCAGAUGUUACCACGUUUCAGCACCUUCAUCUCAGAAGGGGUGCGCGUGAACGUUGUGCAGAAUAACUUGGCUCUGCUCAUUUAUCUUAUGCGGAUGGUCAAGGCUCUCAUGGACAACCCCACGCUCUACCUGGAGAAAUAUCUGCACGAGUUGAUCCCUGCGGUGGUGACGUGUAUAGUGAGUAAGCAGCUGUGUCUGAGGCCGGAUGUGGACAACCACUGGGCCCUGCGAGACUUCGCCGCGCGUCUGAUGGCCCAGAGCUGCAAGACCUUCAGCACCACCAACAAUAACAUCCAGUCCCGCAUCACCAAGACCUUCACCAAGAGCUGGCUGGAUGAAAAGACGAACUGGACGACGCGGUACGGCUGCAUCGCUGGACUCGCCGAGCUCGGACCUGAUGUGAUAAAGACGCUGAUCCUGCCACGGCUGACCAUCGAGGGGGCUCGCAUCAAAGCAGUCACCGAGGGACCCGUUGUGUCCAACAUCGACAAGAUCGGGGCUGACCAUGUGCAGAGCCUGCUGCUGAAGCACUGCGCCAGCGUCAUCGCCAAGACGCGCCCGCUGCCCGACAGCCCGGAGCAGUACCGCGCCGACUACGGCUACCUGGGGCCCAUGCUGUGCUCCCACGUGGUGAAGGCGCGGGCACAGGCGGCACUGCAGGCCCAGCAGGUCAACAGAACCACGCUCACCAUCACCCAGCCCCGCCCCACCCUCACUAUCUCUCAGGGGGGCUCGGGGGGGUCUGUGUCCCGCACUCCCAGCAUCAUCAAGAUGCCCAGUUCCCUCACCCUCCCAAUGCAGACCCUCGUAUCAGCACGACCUGGGACCCCCACACAGCCCUCGCCCCCAGCGACCAAGUACAUUGUCAUGGCAACCAGUGCCGGGACAGCAUCCACGCAGCAGGUGAUAACUCUCAGCUCCUCCCGGUCCAGCUCCCCAAUCACCAGCACGGCCCCCAGCUCCGCCUCCACCCUGCAGCCUGUGGUGAAGGUGGAGCACGGAGGCGCAGGUGGUGGCGGGGGAGCCGGCGGGGUGGGGGGCUCCCGCACUCUCCAGAAGUACAUUGUGGUGUCCCUGCCGUCCGCGACCACCGCCGAGGGCAAGGGCUCCAGCCUGCCUCCCCCGUCACCCCUGUCCUCCGUCCCACCUUCCACCACCUCACUGGAGUCUGGAGUCAAACUGGAGAGCUCGGAGUCCCCGGGGGCCAGCACGCAUUCCCCCCACUGAGGGCAGGGGGGCUGGCCGCCGCCACAGGGGAGAGAGAAUAGAAAUGGAUAGAGAGAGCUGGAGGAAGUGGACUUGGAGUAACAGAGGAGUCUGGGGGAAAAUAGUAUUUCUGUGGUGUGAGAGGAGGACAAGGAGCGUUAUCUAGACAGGGACACCAUGGGAGAAGCAGGAAAUUCAGGCCAUCGAUGCUGGGGAGUGUGGUCUCCCUUCCUCCUUUUCCCCUGUCCUACAUCUGACCUCAAAACAAAACCGCACACACACACACACACGCACACACGCACGCACAGAGCACGGCUCUCUCUGAUCACGUCUAAGCAUUCACAUUGUUCGUGUUUCUUUUUAUAUGCCAUAAUAAAACUGAUUUUGUAAUUUUU